AUGAGGGCUCCUCUUGCUGACAGCCUCCUGCCUCGCAGUGGCCGGGCCGCGGGGUGGGCGGGACGGGUGUUCCGCCUGAUUCAGUUUGUCCUGAUGUCGCCCCGGCACAUCCUCCCUGUGAUGGACCAGGGACCAGAGCUGGGGCUGCAUUCACCCUGGAGCCUGGGCACUGCCUGCUGCGGGUCCGGGGGACGACGUCCAUGCUGGACGCAGCGCUUCAUUGGUCCCCUGUCGUCCCUCAGGAGGAAGAUGAAGGCUCGUGCCCCGCCUCCCCCGGGGAAGGCCGCCACCCCCACCGGGCAGAGGGCACCGAGCCCCCAGCGCAGCGCGUCCCGCGGGCGCCAGCAGGACCUGCUGCACAUGAAGGAGAACCUGCGGGAGCGGGCGCUGGACCUCACGGUGGUGCUGCCCAGCGGGCUGGAGCGGAGGAGCGUGGUCAGCGGGCGCCACGCGAUGAUGGACCUCCUGGUGGAGCUCUGCCUGCAGAACCACCUGAACCCGUCCCACCACGCCCUGGAGGUCUGGCCCCCGGAAGCCCAGCAGCCUCUGAGCUUCAAGCCAAACACGCUGGUCGGGGCCCUGAACGUGCACACCGUGUUCCUGAAAGAGAAGGUUCCCGACGAGAAGGCCAAGCCUGGCCCCCCCAAGAUGCCCGAGAAGUCCGUGCGCCUGGUGGUGAACUACCUGCGGACGCAGAAGGCCGUGGUGCGCGUGAGCCCCGAGGUGCCCCUGCACAGCCUCCUGCCCGUCAUCUGCGCCAAGUGCGACGUGAGCCCCGAGCACGUGGUGCUGCUCAGGGACAACGUGGCGGGCGAGGAGCUGGAGCUGUCCAAGUCGCUCAGCGAGCUGGGCAUCAAGGAGCUCUACGCCUGGGACAACCAGAGAGAAACCUUCAGGAAGUCCUCCUUCGGCAGCGAUGAGACGGAGACGGAGAAGAAGAAGUUCCUCGGGUUCUUCAGAGUGAACAAGAGAGGCAACGGCAAGGUGGAGCAGGGCCGGCUGUCGGCGGACAGCGACGAGGACACCGUGAAGCUGGCGCCGGGCAGGGGCUCCCACGGCUCUCUGACGACGCCAAACUCCCCGUCCGUGAAUUCCCGCUCCAUCACGCUGGGCCCCUCGCUCUCUCUGAGCAACAUCUCGGGGGUGUCCGUCAAGUCCGACGUGAAGAAGCGCCGGGCCCCGCCGCCUCCGUCCCUGCCCGGGGCCGGGCCGCCCGCGCAAGACAGGGCAUCGGAGAAGAUGUCCCUGGGCUCCCAGAUGGACCUGCAGAGGAAGAAGAGGCGGGCGCCCGCGCCCCCGCCGCCCAGCCCCCUGGUGCCCCUGCGCACGGAGGACCGCGAGGAGAACAGGAGGAGCGCGAUGGUGAGCCUGCCUCUGGGGCCCAGCGGCUCCUGUGCAGACGGGGUCCCUGCGGUGCCCGCGGAGGCCGAGGAGACCGUGUCCGUGAGCAGCUGUUUCGCAUCCGAGGACACGACGGAGGACUCGGGGGUGAUGAGCUCGCCCUCGGACAUCGUCUCCCUGGACUCCCAGCACGACAGCACCAAGUCGCGGGACAAGUGGGCCACCGACCAGGAGGACGGCAGCGACCAGGACCUGGCGGGGACCCCGGAGCUGGGUCCGCCCAAGAGCCCCGUGUGGGAGAGAAGCGGCCUUGGGCACUGGCAUUCCAGGGCGGAGAGGGCCGCAGCAGCCCCCGGGGAGGACGGGGGCCUGCUCAUCGCCGGGCAGUGGGAGCAGACCCUGGCGGGCCUGGACGAGGACCUGGAAGGGAUGGACGACAGUUAUGAGACCGACAGCAGCUCCGUCACCGGCUCCCUCAGCAGCGCAUCUGGUCGCCGCCUGCAGGGCACCAUCCCCGACGGUGACACCGACACCAUCCCUGUGACCUUCAUCGGGGAGGUCCUGGAUGACCCCGUGGAGCCGGGGCUGUUUUCCAACAGAAACAACAACGCCGGGUCUUUCGACCAGGGGAGCCCAGGAGGGCCCUCUGUCCCCCUUGCCACCGCCACCCGGAGGAACCGUGAGCCCGUGGGACCAGGCCGUGGUUCGGGUGCAAAGCAGAGCCCGAGUGACCACAGCACCAGCUCAGCCUGGGACCCCAGUGGCUCGCCGGACGGCCCCAGGAGCCCGCCGCCCCGCCUGGUGAAUGGCUCCCGGUGGGCCCCCGAGCAUGGCGAGCCCCCCGCCUCCCUGAGGGCCUCCAGCAGGGACAGCCACGCCACCCCUGAGCUGGAGGGGAGGCCCGGGGUGCUGUGCACAGAGAUUUGUGAGGCCGACGAGUCGCCACCCCCCAGCAUCUUCGGGCCAAAGAAGAAGUUCCGCCCUGUGGUCCAGAAGCCAGCGCCCAAGGACACCUCCCUGCACAGCGCCCUGAUGGAGGCCAUCCACUCGGCAGGCGGCAGGGACGGGCUGCGGAAGACGCCGGAGCCCAGCGCAGAGCGAGGGCCCAAGAAGCUGAGCUACGUGGAGCCGGAGAGCGAGCACUCGGCCCUGCUGGCAGCCAUCCGGGGGCACCGCGGCGCCUGCAGCCUGCGCAAGGUGGCGUCCUGUGCCUCUGAGGAGCUCCGGAGCUUCCGUGAGGCUGCGAGGUCCGCUCACGGGCCAGAACCAUCGGGCCUGGGAGACCCUGGCAGCCAGCCCCCAGCCACCCUGCCUCCCCCGCCCCCUCCGGCAGCCCCAGCUCCUCCUCCCGCCUCCAGGACAGCGCCCAGGGCCAGCGCCAGUGCCCUCGGCACCCCGGUGGACGCCAGGCAAGCCUUGAUGGACGCCAUCCGCUCGGGCACAGGGGCGGCCAGGCUGAGGAAGGUGCCCUUGCUCGUGUGAACCGGCAGGGAGCCCAGACUGGGGCAGAGACCCAGCUGCCAGACGCCCCUGUCGCCGCUCAGGCCGCCAGGAG